AUGGCCGUUGAGCCGGGAAGAGAUAAAUUCUCAGAUAAAAAUGCGUUCAACCGGAGGUCUGAUCAAAACGUGAUCGAGUUGGCGCCAUAUGUGGAAGGAUCUUCCAACUCCCCACCCAUUGGCGUCCUUCGUUCAAACUGCCAUCACAACGCAAUGAAUAAGUCUUAUCUUCCUGCUUCAGAUGCCGCUCUCCGCAAACUUGACAAGCAAAUUCAAAAGGAGGCAAAAUUGAAAGAUUCGACAGUAAAACAUUCAGUGAAGGACUUGGCGAGUACAGAAAAUAGAGUCAAGAAGGUCGACAAGGGACUUGGAAAAGCCAGGAAAACGCUUGCGAAACGUGAAAAAGAGGAACUUUCAGCUGUCAAGGCCCUCAACAAGGCGACACAUCAGCACAACAUGGCAAUCGCCAAAGCUGCUGACGCAAGGCACAUAAUGUAUGUUACAAAUGUUGGUCUAAUGGAAUGGCCAUUGCCUACUAUAACACGGGAAGCGCAGGAGGCCAAAAUCGCAGAUCUGCAAGCAGGGACAGGGGGAACCGUAAACCAUCAGAAGAUCCAGGGGUUUUCCACAACGCCACCGCGUAGAAUUGAUAUGAGAUACUUAUACCGAGGCUAA